GCAGACGAUUGCGCUGGUGGAAGUGGGAGGUGGAGGUGUCUGGACAGGCGGAAGCAGAAAGGAUGAAGGAAGACGGAGAAAGAACAGGGAGAAAGUAGAGGUUACGGAAGGCGGGGGGCAAAGUGCAGAGGCGACGGCAGCAGAGCAGGACGAGAGCCGAAAAUGGAGACCGAGAUCGAAGCACAGACAUCGGUGCCGGACAGAGUGUCGGUGCUGGAAAAAGAGACGGUCGUUGGAGACGCAGGAGAAGAGGAGAUGGACGACUUGUUCGGGGACGAUGAGGCGGAGGAGGAGGGCGGAACGGGAUCCGGGGUGGAUGUUGGGAUAGAUGAGGACGAGGAGGACGAGGAGGUGGAGGGGGUGGAGGCAGGCGACGCGGAGGAGGCGGAGGAGGCGGAGUUGAAGCACGCGGAUCUCACGGUGGACAGACACCCCCGGUCGCACCAGCCGAAGGACGGCCACGCGUACAGCUUCCCGCUGCCGCGGUUCCUGUUUGUGGACCCGGCGCCGUUCACACCAAACGUGUUUGAGCAGCAGCUGAAGGAGUUUGCUGCGAGCACGAGCCUGAACGGGGCGGACGUGGCGGAGUCGACGUUGAAGUCGUCGGUGCAGUUCAAGAAGCUGCAGCUGACGAACACGGUGAGAUGGCGGUACGCGAAGAGCAAGACAAACGAGUUGUUCAAGCAGUCGAACGCGAACAUCGUGGAGUGGGAGGACGGGUCGAUGUCGCUGAAGCUCGGGCACGAGUACUUCGACGUCAAGACGAAGCCGAACGACGACAACCUGCUUGCCGUGCGCAGCGGGCAGGCGCUCGUGUCGCUGAUGAACAUGGACCGCUCGGUGCAGAUCUUGCCGCCCAGCAUGAAGUCGCGGGCGCACCAGAUUCUCGCGGACACGUUGACCAAGAACAUGAAGAUGAAGAAGUCCAAGCGCAUCAACACGAUUGUCACGAGCGAGGACCCGGAGCUGAAGGCGAGGGAGGUGGAGCGGGCGCACCGCGAGAUCGAGAAGGCCCGCAGAAGACAGCAGCAGAAGCUGCAGAUCGAGGAGGAGCGCUCCGAGCGCCACUCGGGCAGCGGCAAUGGCGCCCGGUUCAGAGACGCCGGCGACGGUUAUGACGACGACAUCGACAUUGCCGACGAGGGCGACGAGUACGACGACGACGACGACGACGAGUACGGCGCAGUGCCCGGUGCCAAGAACGGCUUUGUUGUCGACGACGACGAUGAGGGCUCGGAGCUCGACGACGACGAGCUCGACCGGGCCGCCGAGCGCCUCAAGAAGGUGAAGCGGGACGGGGCGGCCCGCUACCGGGACGCCGCUGCCGACGACGAAGACGAUGAGGACGCCGUUGUGCGCAAGAAGCGUAAGGUUGUGCUGGACGACGACGACGACGAGUAGAGACUGUGCAUCUGUGUAAACUAAUAGGACAAGAACAUGAACUUGCAAAAAACAUGUUGCGGCCGAUCGGCGCAAAAACCCUUUUUUUUCGCCGGCUGGUGGCGAGAUGUGUGGGAGCCAGAGGAAGCCGGAAGGUCUUGUGUAGAUGGAAGGUGUUGGGGCCACGUUUGCAGACGGAUG